AGAGAGCGCAACUUUUAAAAAUAAUCAACCCCACCGAUUGCCAGCGCAACACAACACAUCCACUGAACAAUAUCCACGCGUACUUUCGCGUGUGAAGCUGUGAUUAUCUCGCUGACUCCUGCAUUUGCAUCAAACUCUUCUAUCACAUCUCAACCACCCUACCGACGCUACGCGCUCUCACUCGCACCAUUCGGCGCAUGUUGAGACAACACCACGAUGGCACCGAACGGAAAUACUGCGCAACCAAAGCGCAAGAAGAAUGAGAACCAGUACUUGUUCGAUCUGGGAGUGAGGGGAAGGUGAGAGCAUACUGACCACGAGUUUGCGACAAUGGUUAUUUACUGAUGCCAUUGUAGGAAAACUGGACUUACCCUCCCAGAUACAGGCAUUCGCGACGAGAAUGGAUUGGAACCGAUGGAUGGAUUGUUUUCCUCCCCUGAAAAGUCGGUCAAGGGAAAGGGAAAGGGAAAGGCAUCCAACGGCUAUCCCAACAGGACAAUCUCAAGCGACGAGGAAAUGGAUAUGGGCAGCAGUAUGUACUAAUAACAUAGACCCCAUGAGUGAAGAGCUAAUAUUUCAAAAGGCACGAUUCCAGAGCCUGAAGAUGUCCUUGAGCAACGCGCAAGCUUCCGCCUACCACCGCGCUCAAAUUCUCCGAUCAAGACAUUUCUGAAGUCUCCCGCUCGCAAGAACCCAUCCUUUGGCGGCGGCGUCUUGUCACCCAAUAGAGGAUCAACAGCUCCGCCGCGAACGGCGUCUGCGUCAGUAGCUGCGUCAGUUCGACGAAAACUCGAUUUCUCUGGAAACGAGGAGGACUCUAACCAGGUCGCGGUCGGCACGAAUAAAAGGGCCAAAUCCGUAUUCCCAGUCGCAAGUGCUUCAAGACUCAACGGUGCAACCCGGCUCGUGCCACCAGCGCGGAAGGAUUCGGUUGAAUUGGAGCUGGAAAGUAGGGAAGACGAUUAUUCAGCUGCGUCUGAUGAUACAAAAGUUCUCGAUGCAGAGGACUCGAUACAAAUGGUGGAUUAUGAACAAGACGAUGAACCCGAGGAGGACUAUGAGAUGGUUGAGGCACAACAAGAAUCGGAGCCCGAAUCUGAACCCGAACCAGAAGUGCGACCAAUGAAGAAAGGAAAGCGCAAGGUUGUAACUGAGGAGCAGGAAGAGGAGCAAGAGCCCGAGGCCGAGCCUCAGCCCAGCAAGAAGGGAAAGCGCAAGGCGGCAUCUAUUGAACCAUCUGAAGAGCCUGCAAAGAAAUCUCGAGGACGACCAAAGAAGAUCGAUGCCCCAGCAAUUUCAGAAGAAGAGGAAGAUGAUAUUCCCAGACAAGCAAAGAGAACGCGACGUUCGCUCGACGAAGCACCAGAGCCCGUGAAGAAGAGUAAAGGUCGCCCUAAGAAAGCAGCAGCGCCUGAACCUCAGCAGGAAGCGGAGCGAGCUUCGGAAUCCGAGCCCGAACAAGAGCCAGAAGAAGAGGAGCCAGAGCCUGAACCAGUACCACAGAAGAAAGCAGGAACAAAGAGGAAGGUUUCUCAACCGGAGCCAACUAAGAAAGCCCAAGGAAAGCCUCAAAAAACUGUUCUAAAUGCCUCGAGAGCCAAUGUGGCAAAGAAAUCGAAAUUAGCUGCGAUACCAGAGACACGCUCGCCAGAAGUCAAACGCGGCCCACCUCUUCCAAGAAGUAAUCAAGGACUAAUGAUUCUUCGACGAGAGAACCCUCUAGAUGGAGGCGCGGGAUUUCAGCGAACACGCUCUGGACGUAACUCAAUCAAACCUCUUGCCUACUGGAAGAAUGAAAGAGUCGAAUACUCGGAUGAGGAGACCGAAGAUAGCUAUGGAAAAUUCAUGCUACCUAAAAUCAAAGAAGUCGUUCGUGCAGAUGAGGUUGAGCCAACAAGAAAUGCGAGAGCAGCAUCGCGAUCUAAAUCAGGCCAAUCAAAGAAGCGUCGGGUUGCCAUUGAGGAAGAAGACGAGGAAAUGUCUGAGCCUUGGGAAAUUGAACCUGGCAAGAUAUAUGGAAAUGUUCAGGAAUGGGAUCCCGCGGACCCGACUGGUGCUGAGACCGAUGAGAGGGAGGAUGAGAUUGCACUCUCUAACGCCGCUAUCAUCACCCGUGAUGUCGGAAACAGUACUUUCAAGUUUGCAAAGACACAUACCCUUCCUUUCUUCGGAUCUGGCAUGGUUGAUCUGCCACCUGGAGCUGCGAAGAAACCCAAGAACUCGCGUAAGAUGCAAAUGGUAUUCUUCGUGUUCUAUGGUCGAGUUAAGGUUACAGUCAACGAGAAUGAAUUCCGAAUUGGUAAAGGUGGUUUAUGGCAGGUUCCAAGAGGUAUGUUUGCUUACCCCUUCUGGUUGUCUAGCAAUAACUAAUGCAUUUUGAUAGGAAAUUUCUACAGCAUUGAAAACGAUUAUGAUUCCCCGGCCAGGAUUUUCUUCGCUCAAGGAUGUGAAGUAAGCGAGUCAGCCGACGAAAGCCAAUUACGUUGAUAAUUUUGAAGGGAUUGUUGUUUUUGUUAGUAAUAGUUGUUGGAGGCACACUUUUCUGCUGAAGCGGCGAAUUGCAAGGAGUUUUGGGGGGGGGAACAUACUCACAUAUGAGCUUAUGAUUUUGCUUCAUUUCUUGUGAGGGGAAGAAUCAGGCUCUCAUGCAUCUUGUUUGUAGUAUGAGGAUUUUUGUUAAGUUUCUGGAAGUAGUCCACCAAGUCUUCAAGGAGAAGAAAUUCAGAUCAUUUCG